GUCAGUUUGAGUUUGGGCCUGAAGCAAGUAGUUUGUAGCACAGUUUUUGCAGUGCAGGUGACGAAGUGUUCAUAGUCAAAUAUCAGCCUUCCAAAGGCUGGAGCAUUGUGAGUUGGUGAUAUCCGAGGGAGGAUUGGAUAACGAUGGCGAAAGGCCGGCUCGAACCCACAUCAGACAAGUCCAAGCAGCGGGCCUUGAAGAAGUCGAGGCUCAUUAUUCGCAAUCUCAGUUUCAAGUGUUCAGAAGAUGAACUGAAGGCUACCUUUUCCCCCUAUGGCGAAGUCGUGGAAGUCAAUAUUCCGCUAAAGCCAGGCACGGACCGUCGUAUUGGCUGUGGGUUCGUGCAGUUCACCAAUGUCUUCGAUAGCGCAAAGGCAAUGAAGGCGCUCACGGGAAAGCCUAUCAAGGGUCGACCUGUUUCCAUUGACACUGUCCUCCAGAAGGAGAAGUUCCUGGAAUCUAAUCCGAAGCAAAAGAAGGCUGAUGAUGAUGACGAACCUGAAGAUGAGGCAAACAGCGAUGAGGAAGAGGAGGCUAUGGAUGAUGGCGAAGAUGACGAGGACGAUGAUGACGAUGAUGAUGACGAUGAGGACGAUGAUGAGGAUGAUGAUGAGGACGAUGAUGAGGACGAUGACGAUGAGGACGAUGAUGAUGAUGAGGACGACGACGACGACGAAAGCGAUGAUGAAAGUGAUGAAGAUGAAGAAAUAGGCAAAAAGAGAAAGAAACGCAAGCAGGACAACCGUCCGAAGCAGAAGUGGGAGAAUGAUGCUACCGAAGGGCGGACGCUUUUUGUUCGCAAUGUGGCGUUUUCCUCCGAGCCCGACAAUGUGAAGAAGGGUUUUGCUCAAUUUGGCGAGGUCAAGUACGCUAGGAUCCUGACGGACCGGGAAACGGAGGAAUCACGAGGUAUGGCGUUUGUGCAGUUCAAGACCAAGGAAGGCGCUGACGCCUGCAUGGAAGCCGUGAAUAAUCAUGAGAGUAUAACUGUGGAUGGCCGUGAGCUCAACGUGACCGUUGCAGUGACACGGGACAACACAUCUCAGUUCGAGCGGAAAGAUCCGGCGGAGGAGAGAAAGGAGAAGGCUGAUUCUCGGAACAUUUACCUGGCUCGGGAGGGAGUCAUCUUCCCGAACUCAGAUGCGGCAAAGGACUUGAGCAAACCUGAUCUUGCAAAAAGACGAAAGGCCGAAAUGGAGAAGAAGGUGAAAUUGGAAAAUCCCAACUUCUUCGUCUCUCCGACAAGACUUUGUGUUCGCAAUAUUCCGCGUGCCGUGUCGGACGAUGAACUCGGGAAAGUGUUUUCUACGUGCAUGGGCAAGGGUCCCAAGCCUUUUCUAGUGAAGAAGGCACGUAUAAUGAGGGAUCUUGCGAAUGUCAAUGCCCAAGGAGUGGCACGGCCGCGUGGCUUUGGCUUUGUAGAGUUUGCCCGACACGAGGACGCGCUGGAAGCUCUCCGUGCAACAAACAACAACCCAGACGUAUUCGGAAAGGAUAAGCGAUUGAUCGUCGAGUUCUCCAUCGAGGACAGACGGGCGUUACACAAACAGGAGAUGCGGCGGCAGAAAGCAAUGGGCGAGAAAGGAGCAGGAAGGAGGGGAUUGAAGCAAGGCAGAUUCUCCUCACAGCCUCAAUCCUUCGCCAGAAAGCCUUUCGAGAAGCCGAAGGAUGGCACAGCAGAUAAGGAUGGGGAGAAAAGCGAACGCAAGAGAAAGCCAAGGAAUAACAAGAAGAAAUCCAAGGUUGAAGCAUCGGCAUCAGCUCCUGCAGGAGGACAGGCCCGUGUGGCUACUUCCCAGCAGCAGCCUGCACGCAAACAGGGUCAUGCUUCUCGUGGUGGCGGUGCUGCAGCAGGCGAUCGUGCAACAGCCAAGGCAGCGAAGGCACCUAAGACAUCUCGGAGGCACAAGCCCGACCAGGAGGAUGCUGCUUUGGAAGCACGUAUCAAGAAGCACCGCAUGAACCUUCAGGGAGGCAUAGAGAAGCAGCAGUCAAAGUGGUUUCAGUGAGAGCAGCUUUCGGGGCCUUCGCUUUGUCCUCGAGCCGUAGGAGCACCACAUGGCGGUUUGUACUGGUCAGCAGCUAGAAAGAAAGACCAUUCUUCCGCAACAGCAGUCUGGACUGCUGACAUUACGGCUGCCUUUUUGCCACUAAGAUCAAUGAGCUAUUUGUUGCCACUGCAGGACAGUGUCACCGAGUCAGUGCUGCUGGUUUCUGCAAUCUAGCAAUCGAGAUCAGGUGCACGUAGUGUGCUAUUUCUACACGGGCACUGGUUACCAGCGAUAGCCGACAUUCUUGAGAUAAUGGACAUGUGCCUACAAGUCCAUAUCCUCAUGAUGCCGGGUUGACGAAAUCUUGGUAUCAUGUGCUAGUUCAUUGCCGUGGAGUUGUCUUAGAGGCUAGCGUGUCCAGAGGCAGUCGGAAUGGUACAGUGGCCGCAUGACGUCAUAGUAUGCCAUGCACUGUGCCGUUACUGAAGUCAGAGACUGCAUGGAUUUGGCCUUGGAGCUUGAAAUUAUGCCUUUGACGGACUCUGUUCAAUUCCUGGUAAGUUAUUGUAUCCUUUUCGGGCCCUGUUGAUUUCUGCCAAGGCCCAGCAUACGAUAGAUAUGGUUUCUACAGAUGUCAUCACACAUGCUAAAAAAAUGUUGCGAUGACCUUGAGAGGUUUAUUAUUUUUUAUCAUUUUUUUUACAUGAUAUUCUGAUCUGUAGCACAUAUUCGAAUUAGCCCGCUGCAGCCCAGGCAGCUGCUGCCUUUUGAAGCACUGUGCGUGCAUGCACAGUGUGCGUCUAACUUACUUCUGGUGAACAUUGAGGAUUGCUCCCCCCCCCCCCCCCCAAUAUAGCCCAAUGUUGUAGCCAGGUUCAUGCUGGCUCUUUCUGCUAUCCCCUCUCCAGCUUGCCCAUGCUUGGUCAUGAUGCUUGCUUGUCGUGCCUACUGAUGCGGAUGAGCCGUUUGUGUCGACAAUGUAAUGUUUGGAUUGUCCAACAUUGCAACACUUCACUCAGAGCACUUCCUUCCUAACGCUGCUAUCGGAUUUAGACGGCAUGCAUGGGCUGCUCUUCUCAUAGCAAUGACUGGUGGUGUGCCGGGGAACACAUAGUAUUGUGAUACA